AAGCCCAGGCCCAUAUAAGAUCCGAAAUGAUUGAGCGGGUCAACCCGUGAACUUCUCUCCUUCACUAUAUAAACCCUAGAAAUUUUCUCGACGUCGCCGGUGAGUUGGAGACCUAGCACCGUCGUGGAUUAAAACGAUUCAACAAACAAAUCAUGCUUCACGGUGAGAAUUGUGUUCACGAGACGUACUACGAGAUUCUCUCCGUGAAAGAAGAUGCGAGCUACGAAGAGAUCCGCAAUAGCUACCGUUCUGCGAUUCUUCACUCUCAUCCAGAUAAGCUUCUCAGCAGGUCUCGUCGUAGCUCAGACGACGAGAAGUUUCUGAAGAUUCAAAAAGCUUGGGAAGUUUUAAGCGAUGCGGAGCUACGUGUAGUAUACGAUAAUGAUCUUAGAUCUUCGAGAUAUGAUGGGAUCACUGCUGAUGAGAUUAGUAUUGAGGAUAUGUCAGUUGAGAUUAGUGGAGACGAAGAAGAAGAAGAAGGAGGUGAAGUUAUUGAGGUUUUUUAUCAGUGUAGGUGUGGUGAUUACUUUUGUGUUGAUUCUAGUGAGUUGGGAACAAUGGGGUUUGGGUUGGUGAGAGAUGGUGGUUUUGUUAGAGUUAAGAGAUUGGGUGCUUUUGUGGCGUCUGUUGUUCUUCCUUGUGGUUCUUGUUCUUUGAAAACACGGGUUUGGGUUGAUUCUGAUAUGAAGAUUUCUCUUCAAGAUGAUGAUCAACUGUGAGCAAUGUGGUGAAUGUGGGUUGGUUCAGAGUUGAGGAAUCUCAAUGCAAGAUGAUUUCUUUAGACUGAAGUGAUCAGGUUCGGACAGGUGGAGUUCUGAAUAAGGAUGGUUAUUUGUGACUGUGUGGAUAGAUUCAUUUUGGGAAAGUAUGGCUGGAGAUGAUUCCUUGUGACCAAUGGGAUCAUGGUUGGUUCAGAAUUGGGAAAUUUCUCCUAACUACUUCCACUUGUGGCAGGGAAUUUUCUUACACUGCAAAAUACGGAUGUGACGAGAACACAUUGUUGGUCGGUGGUUGACCAAGGGAGGGGCGAUAGCACACUAGAUAGAGUACCAUGAACAUCAGGUAUCAAUCUUUCUAAGUGUGAACGUCAAAAGAACUAAGACGAAGCUGUGCAUACUUGUUCUAUAAAAUCUGUGCUAUAGUUAAUAUUCAACUUUAUUUUUUAUUGCAGUAUACAAUAUAUGAAAUUAUGUAGUUUUGUUAUUUUUCACUGUUUACUAACCGAUUGAAGUAUAUGAACUGUAAUAAUGUGGCGAAAUUGAAAAUCAUUUUACUUGAUCUCCUCGGCCUCUAAAGUGG